AUGUUGAAAUCUGGCCAAAUCUGGAGGAUUUGGCGACAGGAUCAAUCGUCAAGUUGUCCCAAAAUUUCAAAUUUUUACACUUAUGGAGGACCUACCAAGACCCCUCUCAACUCCGAUGGUAUUCGACGUGUCACUGCCGUGAAAAAACGACAUCGUCAGCGAAGAGGUGGAGGUACUACAGGUUGGGAAACAAGUAAACUUGUUUUCGCCGUUGACUCGUUCCGGUCUGGCCGAUAUGGUGGCAGUCAUUGA